AUGGAGUGGAGUGCUGGUCGGGUGUCGUUAGCCAAGGCUGUGGCCGAUCGAACCUUGGCAGACGAAAUGCGACUGUGCAUGGACGAGAAGGUGCUGUACUUAGUCCUCAAGGGGGGCUAUCGGACCAGGGAGAUUAGAAAGCUUCUCCAGCGCCGUAUUAGCAAGAAGGUUGAUGCGGUUUGCAGCAGGGUCAUCCGGGAGCGUGCUGAUGAGCGUGUCAAGUACGUAACAGAAGUGGCAUUGGCCUUGUCUCGUACCCGCUGUGACAACAUUGGUUCGUAUAUGCGGUCUGAUUUUCGUUUGAACUUCCUGGGGCAGUUCUUCUACCCUCCAUGUAGCCAGGGUUAUUCCUUGUGGGGAGUGGUCGCUGAGAGCCAGCGAGAGGAGGAUGCCAGCUGGAAGGUCGAGUCCUUCCACUACCAGCUCUUUGUAGAAGAUGGCGACCAGCUCUCUCCUCCUUCCCCCAGCUUAGACCCCGCCCAGUUCCAGCGGUUAAACGAGCCCCUCAGAUUUGAGGUGCUCAAGAAGUGCAGUGCACAGACGCUGUGCGAGCUGAUAGGCGGGCGGAUCAACAAGGAGUUCUGCGAGCUCUGCAAGGAGGCUCUCCAAGAGGUGCUCAAGGAGGAGGUUUUGAAGGUGGUGGACCGGGCAAUGGCACUGGACCGGCUGCGUCGGGUCCAGGAGGUGGACAGCCGUGUCUACUGGAAGUGUUCAAGUACGAAGCUGCGGGCAUUCCCCUCGCCAGUCAUUCCCCUGUAG